AUGGAUUUCUUAAAUUCAUCUGAUCAAAACUUGACCUCAGAGGAACUGUUAAACAGAAUGCCAUCCAAAAUUCUGGUGUCCCUCACUCUCUCUGGGCUGGCACUGAUGACAACAACUAUCAACUCCCUUGUGAUCGCUGCAAUUAUUGUGACCCGGAAGCUGCACCAUCCAGCCAAUUAUUUAAUUUGUUCCCUUGCAGUCACAGAUUUUCUUGUGGCUGUCCUGGUGAUGCCCUUCAGCAUUGUGUAUAUUGUGAGAGAGAGCUGGAUUAUGGGGCAAGUGGUCUGUGACAUUUGGCUGAGUGUUGACAUUACCUGCUGCACGUGCUCCAUCUUGCAUCUCUCAGCUAUAGCUUUGGAUCGGUAUCGAGCAAUCACAGAUGCUGUUGAGUAUGCCAGGAAAAGGACUCCAAAGCAUGCUGGCAUUAUGAUUACAAUAGUUUGGAUUAUAUCUGUUUUUAUCUCUAUGCCUCCUCUAUUCUGGAGGCACCAAGGAACUAGCAGAGAUGAUGAAUGCAUCAUCAAGCACGACCACAUUGUUUCCACCAUUUACUCAACAUUUGGAGCUUUCUACAUCCCACUGGCAUUGAUUUUGAUCCUUUACUACAAAAUAUAUAGAGCAGCAAAGACGUUAUACCACAAGAGACAAGCAAGUAGGAUUGCAAAGGAGGAGGUGAAUGGCCAAGUCCUUUUGGAGAGUGGUGAGAAAAGCACUAAAUCGGUUUCCACACCCUAUGUACUAGAAAAGUCUUUAUCUGACCCAUCAACAGACUUUGAUAAAAUUCAUAGCACAGUGAGAAGUCUCAGGUCUGAAUUCAAGCAUGAGAGAUCUUGGAGAAGGCAAAAGAUCUCAGGUACAAGAGAACGGAAAGCAGCCACUACCCUAGGAUUAAUCUUGGGUGCAUUUGUAAUAUGUUGGCUUCCUUUUUUUGUAAAAGAAUUAGUUGUUAAUGUCUGUGAAAAAUGUAAAAUUUCUGAAGAAAUGUCCAAUUUUUUGGCAUGGCUUGGAUAUCUCAAUUCCCUUAUAAAUCCACUGAUUUACACAAUCUUUAAUGAAGACUUCAAGAAAGCAUUCCAAAAACUUGUGCGAUGUCGAUGUUCGUUUUAAAAAUGUUUAUUAUUGAAGGAUGGGGGUUUUUGAGGGGAGGAGUAACUAGAUGAAUGCCAAAUAAUACAACACUUAAGCUUUUAGAGGGAAAUA